GCUGUGGGGCUGUGGCACGGGACAGGACACACAGGGUGGGAGUGGAGCGGGGCUGUGGGGCUGUGGCACGGGACAGGAACGGCAACGGGAGCCGGACACGACACGCGGGCGGAGGCGGAGCCACCCCUGACUGACAGCAGAAACUCCCGCCCCUCGACCCAGCCGCGCCGCUCUCAUUGGCUGCUCCGACGCGCGCGGGCUGCCAUUGGUCGUAGCCGCGGCGUGGGCGGGACCAGCGGAGCCAGGAAGCGGCGGCGGCGGCGCGGAGGCUUUUCCUGCCCGCGGCCCCGAGCGGAGCGGAACGGAACGGGGCGGAACGGAACGGACCCGCCGGGCCGCGAUGAGCACGCUGACGCACCGGGGCCGGCGCGCCGAGGGCUCGCACAGGAAGGGGGAGGGCGAGGAGGAGGCGGCCGAGCGGGAGCCCACCGAGGAGGAGCCCGACGGCUCCAAGGACAUCCGGCUGACCCUGAUGGAGGAGGUGCUGCUGCUGGGGCUGAAGGACAAGGAGGGCUACACCUCGUUCUGGAACGACUGCAUCUCCUCGGGGCUGCGCGGGGGCAUCCUGAUCGAGCUGGCCCUGCGCGGCCGCAUCCGCCUGGAGCCCCUGGCCCUGAGGAGGAGGAGGCUGCUCGAGAGGAAGGUGAGCGUGGGGAGCAAGGGGAGAGGAAGGGUCACCCUGGAGAUCCCUGGGGAUGAGGAGAGCAGGGGAAGGUUGAAUUUAGGGGCAGAGAAGAAUUUUCUGGAGCCUCCCCCCUCAGGAGAGACCUGGAACCCCUUCAAGCUGCAGUACCAGCUGCGCAACGUGCGGGAGCGGCUGGCCAAGGCGCUGGUGGAGAAGGGCAUCCUGACCACGGAGAAGCAGAACUUCCUCCUCUUCGACAUGACCACGCACCCCGUCAGCAACGCCUCCGAGAAGCAGCGCCUGCUGAAGAGGCUCCAGGAGAGCGUCCUGGAGCGCUGGGUCAACGAGCCCCAGCGCAUGGAGCGCAGGACUCUGGCCCUGCUGGUGCUGGCCCACGCCUCCGACGUGCUGGAGAACGUUUUCGCCAGCCUGGCCGACGACAAGUACGACCUGGCCAUGAACAGGACCAAGGACCUGCUGGACAUGGACCCCGAGGUGGAGGCUGCCAAAGGAAAGGGCACCGAGAUGAUCUGGGCCGUGCUGGCCGCCUUCAAUAAGUCCUAAAAGUCCUCCUUGGUGGGUCCCCGUGCU